AUGACAAAGACUCCUAAAGAGUCUUUGUGAGGGCUUCUACAAUACAGUCCCAAGCAAUGUAUAACAAUUAGAUUUCAACAGGGUUCACUGAUAAAUAUCAAUGGAUAAAUAUCGAUAUACAUAUAUAUAUUAUUUCUAGUUUUAGUAUUGAGUCUUAGCUAGAAAAUUAACCAACCCAAUGUGACGCUGGCAACCUUGGCCCGAAGUAGAAAUCUUACUUACUAAAAAUUUCCAGUCUUCCUCUAUACGUUACCGGGAAACAGAACCGGUUUUUAAUUAUUUUAUAAUGAAUAAAUAAAUAUUAAAAAAAUUACACUUUUUAUUUUCACUUUUGAUUUAAAAAAUCAAGUAUUAAAUAAAGCCACUAGCAGCUUUCCAUAAUCAUGAUAUAUAGGUAUCAGAUAUAUAUCGAAUAAUUAUUAAAUAUUUAUUAUAAAUAUCGAAUUUUUGCUGACCCUGGAUUUCAGUCAGCGUAAAUAUACUAAAUAAAGACUUCUAAGAAAGCUAAGAAAGAAAGGUAGCUGAUAGCAGAUAAAAACCCUUGGACUUAAGAUGUUCCAGUCAUUUUUAUAGGGGAUAUUUUGAAUACUCAUUAUACUUAUUUAAAAAUUAUCGUGUUGUCUAUUAUUUCUUUUCAUAUUAAUAACAUAGUAUUUUAUUAUUUUACGCCAUAUCUAUUUAUGUUUAUUGUAAUGGAAAGUGGCUUAAAAAAUCAUAUUAUAUAUUGAUCUGGUAAUAACAUGAUUUGUUUUGAUGUCGUUAAAUAGUUUUAUUAGAGAUAGUUUCUUCAGCUCGUUCAUUUUAUCCAAAAGACGUCCUGCUCGCGUACCAAGACGAACUCGGAAACAUUUUUUCGGCAAUCAAAAACCAUUUUACGGGUGCGCCCAUACGAUAUCUCAUUCUCGACUCGAGUGUAGACGAAGCGUUUCUAAAAUUUGUUAUGCGGCGCGUGCAGAAAGAGUGGCAGUAAAAAAAUGUAAGACGAUUCAAAAGUAUUUUAAAAUAAAUACGUUUAUUUAAAUAAAAAUAUUUUAUCUUUGAAUAAAGCAGAAUGAGGACCAAAGAUCAACGACGACGGCGAGUGACGAAGACUGCUCAGUGCCACUUCGCUCCGUCCGUUUCGUCGACAGAGCGCGGGAGCCGUCCGAAGAGGACGCGUCGAAGGCUGUAACGGAAUUGAUAACUGCACCCGACUCAGAAAACACAUCACAAAAGGACUAUCCAUCGAACACAUCGCACAGGGCAUGGGACGCUGGAGUGAGGCCUAAGUCAGAAGAUGCUGCGGUUCGGAGGGUAGCGGAGCGAAACGCUUUACGUUGCUCACUUCUAAGGAGUGAAGCCCGUAAGAAACAACAACCUAAGCGUUUAGUUAGGGAUAGUUUAGACGGAUACACUACAUAAAAAAUGUUUCAGUUUUCUUUCUAGUAAUAUGAAUAAUACAUAAAACUUAGGUCUUUGUCAAGAUUGCUAAAUCUCCGCAAUCGCAGACCCAAUAUAUUAAUAACUGCAUCAUAAAAUUCCUCUUUUUUUAACUAUGUGCAAUUAAUAAUGUCACUACAGCAGGAGACGACAUCGUUAGCCGAGCGUAUAAGGCUUUUAACGUGCGAUGUCGACGACGAGCAAGAAGAGCAACGUACUUCGCCAGCUGGUAAUGCCGACAAACUAUCAAGCAGUAGCGACAAGUCCAGUGAGAAAUCGUUCAACAGUCUCGACAAAAACAGUGAGAAGGCAUUUGGCAGUGCCUCCUCUAGUUCUUCAUCUUCUACUUUGUCGGCAGCGGUACCACACCGACAACAUCCGCCCGACUUGGGUGAUGUACACCAGGAACCUCAAAAGGUACGACCUGAUGUUACUCCUACAUUUGCAAUUACAAUAAGGUGAUUUGUCUUAUUAUCGUAUCAUAUUAAUUUGUUUAUUACAUUUUGAAUUCAUUUUUAUUUGAUGAAAACUCUAUUCUGUGACAGAGUGUGUGCUUGAUGUUGUGUUGAAUAACACUGCAAAUACAUGGUCUAUAGCCUUUUAUAGAAUUUUUAGUACAAUGUACUACCUCUUGUGAAUGAAAAAAAUACCGAUAUUUUAUUCCAAAAAAUAGAACCGCCUUCAAACUUUAGAAAAGUAAGAAAUAAUCCUUAACUUAAACUUGAGUAAACUGCUAUUGAAGUCGGUUUUCAUCACUAAAGUUUAAGCCUUUUUUUCUAACACCUGACCUCAACUUACGUACUGAGUAUGUGCGCCCUUAAUACUUAUCCCAUCAAAAACAUAACAUAUACAAAAAUGCACAAGUCUCACAAUUCAACGCAAUUCUCCUGCCGUAAAAAUGUAUGAAAUCAACGUAAACCAAGUCGAUUAAUCUUUCUGUGGGAGCAGCUAUCCAACCUUUUUUGCUGACUUGACAUAUAUUCUUCCGCAGACUAAAGUAUGCGUUAGAAAACACACAUUUUGUCACGAGCUCUUGUAGUUGUACUUGUUACCAAGCAGGUAACAGACACAAAAUUGAAAAAAGUAGUUUUCCCUCAAGAGAGCUAAUUAGGCCAAAUUUAGCCGGCUUUGGAACGCUGUAAUGAUGGGAUUUUUUUAAUCAAAGGAAGUGAAAAAAUAUAUUUCAGCCAAGACCGGAACCUCGACGACAAUUCCUAUCGACAUUAGCACCUCUGACCGCCUGUGUUGGUAGUGCAGCGCAUCAUGAAGGCCACAUUAAGCUUAAAACAUCAUGCAGGUGCUGGGGAAGGUGAUGAUGGCCUAGCAGCAUUUGCAAGGGCUACGGCGCCAAGAACGGAGCGUCUGAGGCAACGGUACGGCCAAGAAUCACAACCAGCGAGCAGUGAUGAUGAACAUGAUGAUUAUGGUUUCCAUCGUCGCCCAGCCGUCCGCGGGAUCGCCGUAAAGCAGCAACUAGGAGCAUCUGACGAGAUUCUCCAACAAAUGCAAAAUGAGCUGCAACCGUCACCGGGAACAACUCCUGCGCAAAUGCCUGCGCACGCAUGCCAGCGUACCAAUUCUACUUACUCCUGGCCUUAUUACUCUGAGGCAAAUCUCAAUUCCAGGCCGCAAAGCAGAACGAGUGCGAACUCUAAUUGGUCCAAGUCUUCAGAUUACGUAACGAGCCGCCAAUGCAGAAGUACGCCUGUGCCGCAACACAGUGAAUCUUGUUACGCGCACGCGCAGAGCGCGGGGCAGUACGCGCACUACUCGCACGCAUCGCUCCGACAGCAGCAGCAGGAUAUGUACAGGAACUGUUCGCUGUAUGCAAACAUUGGAUGUUCUGAUAGCAGUCAAGAGCUUUACAGUUCUCAGACUAGUUCUGAACAGACAUCGCCGGUACGGUCAGCGCCACGGUGCAGGCGACCGGAAUCACCGCCGCCUAUACGCAGUCAUCACCAGCUACUAUAUGUCCCUUACAGCACUUCACAUUAUCAUUACCAACACGAAUACAGCUCACAUUGGACCGCUAACGAUUACAGCCGUAUGCACCAGUACUAUCAGCAACAAAACAGAAGUGGCAGCAGUACGCCCCAACCUACACCAAUACAACCACAGAGGGCACAUUACACGCACGCAUUGCAAUUACAGGUGGCAGCACCUUUAUAUCAGCCAGCGCCGGGUUCUCCGUCGCGAGCGGCGCGUGGUGCACCGGAGGGGGCGCCGGCGGGGAGUGCCGCGCCCCCCGCCACAUCUCCUAUGGCUGCGCCCCCCAACCCCGUCUACUACGCCAUGAAUGUGAAAAUCGUGGUGGGCCCCACAGGCGAGGUCCGAAUCAGCGUACAGCCGAAGCAGCACCAGGCACCGGCAGGCAGCGACGCAAAGAAAAAUAAAGAAUGA